ACGUAACGCAAGUGCAAUGUACAAUUGGAACCUGGAAAGGAAAGCAUGUGGGGCUUGCCGUUAUCGUGCUCUAUCUGCUCUAAUCAGCUCUAUCUGCUCCACCGUGCCGUUGAAAUGAACAUCACAGCUUCAACUUUAGAACUAAAAAAUAUACAUUUCACAAAUUUGUGUCUCUGGUAUACUUUGUGAACUGUCUUCCUACAUUGUGUGUCAAGUUAUCUUCUCAUUUCUGCAUAAUGUGCGGUAGUAUGCAAUAUAUGUAUGUACGUAGCUGUCUUUCUUUAACAUACUCCAAUCCGAACGAGAGCGAAAUGCUUGUCAGCAAUGUAUACAUAUAAACUGCUGGUUCAGCAAGUUAGUUUACUAUAUUGUCAUUGUGUGGUGGGUUUCCCCGAGAACAAAUUAUGAAUUCGUUAAACUAAUCUAACCGAUGUAGUAUAUGAAAUAAAAGAAGAAACGCUAAAUUCGGUAGUUGAUUUCCGUUAUUAUAUCGAUCGAUUCUUAAUGAAUAAGUUAACGAUAAGCUUUGAAUGUGAUAAACCCGUACGAUUGUUUAUCUGAGAUAUUGUCUCUAAGCACAAAUGUUUAGAAAUGUUGGAUAUUCAACGAAUCUUGACGGCUACUACUGUCUUACUAGUGGUUAAUGCUUGUGAUGCUAUCCAUACACAGAAUCUGUCAUUUACCCCUAUUGUUACCGAGGCAGAAUAUGGAAAAGUAUAUGAGCUUGUUAUAAAUACUACUGUUGAAUAUGUCUUUUUAUAUCGCACCGACAAUGCAACUUGGAUGGAAACUGCGAGAAUCAAUGUUGAAAGCGAUGCCUCUCAUGAUCGACCUCUCAUCGUAGUCGUACGUCAGAAGAGACAAAUUUUGUCGUGGCAAAUACCUCUUGUAGUGACUAGCAAAUAUUUUGAUAGCGUAGCUUAUAAUAAAACCAGUCGUACAUUGUGUUCAACAAAAGAUUACGAGGCAGAAUAUGGAGAAGGGGACGAAGAAUUUAUUACUGUUAGUAUAUCUACAGCUAGUCACAAGAACAUUUCAUUUAAACUGAACGUAACACAGGAUCUCCAUUUCUAUUUAAGAUCAGGUGAAGAAAGAUCUGUAACGAUUUCACCAUCUGAACCUAACUAUUAUGGUUAUACCUUCCCAAAAGAAGCAGAAAGUUCUUCGGUGAUUGUGCAUGUUGAAUCUGGGAAUGAUAUUUGUAUGACAGUUUCAAUACAAAAUACUUCUUGUCCUGUAUUCGAUUUAGAAAGGAAUAUCGAAUUUACUGGUGCUUGGCAAACUGUAACUCGUAAAGGUGGUAUAACUGUGCCAAAAGAAGCAUAUCCAUUAGGCUUUUUUGUUGUGUUAGUCGUAAAAGGUGAUGACAGUGAUUGUGUUGGAUCACCUAGUAUAAUGUCUGUAAGAAAUAAAGAUGUGAAAUUAAAAAUAGUUAACAGUGUUACAAAACAAGAUUAUCUUAUUGCAUCGGGAGUUGCCAUAUCUGUUAUAGGUAUUUUCGUUCUGAUUUAUGUUGUGGGCACUGUAGUAACAAAAAUUAAAGAAGGUAGAAAAAUUGCCCAGGAAACACUGAACGAACAAGAAGAUGAGAACAGUGUGGAGGCUGGACCCUAUCAGUCUGAGACUGUUGAAUGUGAAGAUUCUUCACUUGAUGAAGACGACAUUGACCUAUUGGAAGACAGUGAAUAUGACAAAGAUGUUAUACGAACGAAACUUGUGCUUUCGGUGUGCGAUUUGGCACGCAAAGACCCAAAGAUUCUGCGACACAAAUCCCGAUUGUAUUUAUAUUAUUUAAUAACGGUUGCUAUAUUUUACACAUUGCCCGUUGUGCAAUUGGUGCUAACGUACCAGAACGUGCUUCACGUUACUGGAAACCAAGAUAUGUGUUACUAUAAUUUUCUCUGUGCUCAUCCAUUGAAACAGUUGUCGGAUUUCAACCAUGUGUUUUCGAAUUUUGGAUAUGUUAUAUUGGGUCUUUUAUUUAUUUUCUUAACAAAUUCUCGGGAGCUUAAUGCAGUCGAUAGAGAGAGAAAUAAAUUUUACGGUAUACCGCAACAUUAUGGCUUAUUCUAUGCAAUGGGCACUGCGCUAAUUAUGGAAGGAGUACUCUCAGCAAGUUACCAUGUGUGUCCAAAUCACAGCAACUUCCAAUUUGAUACCAGUUUCAUGUAUAUGAUAGCAGUGCUUUGUAUGAUAAAAAUUUAUCAAACCCGUCAUCCUGAUAUAAAUGCUCGGGCACCGGUCACAUUCGGUAUACUGGCAUUCGUAAUUUUCAUCGGACUAGUUGGUGUCCUGGAUGGUUCAACACUUUUUUGGAUCAUAUUUACAAUCGCACAUUUGUCUAUUUGUUUGUUCUUAACAAUCCAAAUUUACUACAUGGGGCGAUGGAGGUGGUAUGGAUUCAAAAGUGUUGUUAUGAGGAUAAUACAGAACUGUAGAUACGACGCAAAUGUGGGAAUUGGAUAUAUGCUCCGACCGUUGUAUUUGGGUCGAUUUAUAAUGCUUGUCGUAGCAAAUUUAUGUAACGUUGCUCUCGCGGUAUAUGGAAAUAUAACUCACGAGAAAAAUUUUGCAACGUUCUUAUUAGCCAUACUAAUGUCCAAUUUAAUUUUGUAUACCUUUUUUUACAUCAUAAUGAAGAAAUGUCAUAAAGAGCGGAUUUUAUUGCAACCAUUAGCUUAUCUUAUUUUGUCGGUUGUAGCCUGGGCAUCUGCCAUGUACUUUUUCAUAAACAAAACGAUUUCGUGGGCGCUUACCCCAGCAGAAUCUCGACUUUACAAUCAACCCUGUGUGCUACUUAACUUUUUCGAUAAUCAUGACAUUUGGCAUUUUUUGUCCGCUUUCGCUAUGUUCUUCUCAUUUAUGGUUUUGCUUACCCUGGACGACGAUCUUCUUGACGUACACAGAAGUCAAAUACCAGUCUUUUAAGGGUAAUAACACGAUAAAACGUUAAUUUGGAAUUUUCUAUUUUUACCUCUUUAUGAGAAUAUGACUGCAUAUAAUAUACAUUUUACCUCGAUUUUAAUGAAUUAAAAAUAGUAUAAAAUAUAUAUGUAUAUAUAAAGAUCAUAUAGUAACUAUUUUGUAUUAAACGCUUUAAUUCCUUUAAUCACUCAGA